UGCAGUGGUUUUGAUUGAUUGUUUGAUUGGUUUCUUUGUUAAUUUUGUUUCAGCUGGGAUGAAUGGGUUCCAGAAAGCCGAGUGCUCAAAUACGUGGAUACCAAUUUGCAGAAGCAAAAAGAACUUCAGAAGGCAAAUCAGGAACAAUAUGCAGAGGGGAAGAUGAGAGGUGCUGCUCCGGGCAAGAAGACUUCUGGUCUGCAGCAGAAAAAUGUUGAAGUAUUUUUCAGACGAGAUGGAGCGCACACAGUUUGCUGUUUGGAGACCCCUACCAUAUCGACGCGGAAAACUAAAAAGAACAAACAGAAAACUCCAGGGAUUGGAGAAGGGAGCAGUAGCAGUGAGACCCCUCAGCCCCCGAGGAAGAAGAGAGCUCGGGUAGACCCGACGGUGGAGAGCGAAGAAACAUUUAUGAACAGAGUUGAGGUAAAGGUGAAAAUCCCAGAAGAGCUGAAACCAUGGCUGGUAGAUGACUGGGACUUGAUCACCAGGCAGAAGCAGCUCUUCUAUCUUCCUGCCAAGAAGAAUGUUGACUCCAUUUUAGAGGAUUAUGCAAACUAUAAAAAAUCACGAGGAAAUACUGAUAACAAGGAGUAUGCAGUCAAUGAAGUGGUGGCUGGCAUUAAAGAAUACUUCAACGUUAUGCUGGGGACUCAACUGCUCUACAAGUUUGAGAGGCCCCAAUAUGCUGAAAUUUUAGCAGAUCACCCAGAUGCUCCAAUGUCUCAAGUCUAUGGUGCCCCACACCUGCUGAGGUUAUUUGUCCGAAUUGGAGCGAUGCUUGCUUACACUCCUCUUGAUGAGAAGAGUCUGGCCUUGCUGUUAAACUACUUGCAUGACUUCUUAAAGUAUUUAGCAAAGAAUUCCUCGGCCUUGUUCAGUGCCAGUGACUAUGAAGUGGCCCCUCCUGAGUACCACCGGAAGGCGGUGUGA